AUGGCUGCCAUGGCUGCUGGAGUUGCUGCUAAACUUCCAAGUGCACUGAAGACCGAGAACGUUCUGGAAGCCAGCCAGUUCCUUGGUCAACCUGCCAGCACCCUCGCGUUCCCCGUCUCCGCAUCCUCCGCCUCCCGUAACUCUCUGUCCACUCGUCGCCCGAUUGACAUCUCUUUCACGGCGCCUAAGAUCGUGUCGGAUAAUAGCAUUGGCAAGCUCGCCUUCGGGUACAAGCGCGCCGAUGCCACGUUCCUCAACACUGGCCACGGCACCAUGCAGGUGAAUUUCCCGGGCGGCAGCAACACGUGCGAGAUCGGCGGGCGCAAGCUGGAGCUGCUGCAGUACCACUUCCACGCGCCCAGCGAGCACUCGUUCAACGGCAUCCGUACCGCCAUGGAGGUUCAUCUCGUCCACCGCGAUGCUGAGGGCAAGCUCGCAGUCGUAGGGGUCAUGCUGGAGGCGGACCCCAAGGCUCCGCGGAACCUCUGCCUCGAGGCGGCUCUCGCCUUCUCGCCCAACGAGAAGUUUAAGCAGAUUGCGGGUCCAGUGGAGUGUUUCGAGGUGCCAGCAGUGGGUGGGGGCAAGCCCUUGAAGCAAUGCCUCAAGAUCCAGAUCAGCCCCGAGCCUCUCCUCCCCAAGCCUGACAGAGCGGUGCGUUUCUAA